AAGUGCUUUUAAUCAAUUAUAAUUCGAAUCAAGAGUUUACUUCUUUUUUUUAUUUCAGAAAUGUAAACGCCAUUGAAGCAGCAUCAAAAAGUCGUAUAUUAAGUCAUCAGAUAAACAGAUUUAUAUACAAUAUUAUUUAAUUUAUCUUUAAGGAGUGCGGUCACGGCUGGACCAGUAUGAAGGGACGCGUGGUCUUCUGGUUUCAUCUGAACGUGGCAACCAACUCCGGCUAUGUCCUCUUCAAGCUGUACGGGCAACAGUGCAACCGAUGUAAGAGUGAAAAGUUUGAACACGCCAUGUGGUACCCGGAGGAGGUCAUCAAGGUCGUCGGCAAUGUGUACAACAGAGUGGGACAGGUGUAUUACGGCUUCUACCGCCCGCCCCUCCGGAUAGACAGACGGCCAGGAAAACCCAGAAAUCAGCACAAUGCCGAGCUCUGCCAGGCGUGUAAAGACGGACUGUGCCGGGAAGAAUGGACGUUCAGUUAGUCACCACAAUAAUGUUAUUAUGUUAUCUCAAUAUGGGAAGGUCUGACGUCUCAUUAUGCCAUUAAGUGAAAUAUUAUGUGAAAGCUGAAAUAUGCGAAAUGUUUCUUCGGCUGUUUUCUUUUUUUCUCCAUUUCUUUAUUUAUUUUUGUUAUUUUGGGCUUUUUCAUUUAAACCAUGACAUGUAUUUUGUUGAUGUUAAAAUAUGAAGAUAAUGUACUGAAAAGCGUCAAUGUGUUAGCAUCAUUUGGAAAAAGGCCGUCUGUCGUCUGCCAAAUAAGGGGUUGCCAUGGAGAUGACAUUGCCAUGGAGAUUUAGCUCAAACUGAUAUGGAUUUGUCGAGUAGAUUUCAUCGUCUGUCACGCCUGGCUUCCAAAUGAAAAUGGUGCAAUGAAAAGAAAGCUUUUGCAGCGACCUUAAGUCGGAUUGGCGUAUACUUUCAACGACAACAUCUGGAGCUAGCUACUUGUAAUCUUCCUCGUGAUAUACAGGGGUCAGAGAGAGGUCAAAAAGAGGUCGUACGGGGUAUUACAGACGUCACUCUGAUCUUGUUUGGUUGUGAUACUUCUUAGUAGAUGCAGGAAUGAUAUUUUCCCUACUAUCGUCGGAUUCCAACUUUUGGGAACCAAAAAUAUCUUUGGCUUAUGGGGCCCCCUGGACCCCAUGCCAUAUUUUCCAACUUUUUUGGCAUGAAAUGCCAGUCUCAUCCCUGUAGAUGUAAUUGAACUAAUGGGGAUGUCAUAUGGCUUCGACCCGUUAAGGCUAUAUAUAUAUAUAUAAUCUUAGUCAACAUUUUACGACAUUUUCACAUUAAUUCUCACACAUUCAUACGUGAU